AUUAAAUCUCUCAACCUCAAUAAACCUUUCUUGAUCAUCAAGUUCUCCAUUUCGCCAUUGACAAAUUUUUUUUUUCCCCCGAAAAAUUUAUCAUGGCAUUAAUCCAGCUUGUAGGAAUACUGUUAAUGGCAGCCCUUCUUAAUCUUGUGCCUCAAGCCUUUUCAAAUCCUCAGCAGCUGAUUACACCGAACAUGAUAAAAUCAUGGUGUGCACAAACUCCGCACCAACAAAAAUGUGAAGAUUCCUUCAUUCGGAAUCCCGAAUACAGCUCCUCCAUCAUCAAAGGAAAACCCGAUUUCCUCAAAAAAUCUCUCUUUGUUGCCCUCAAACACGCGAAACGAGCCGCGGCUGAGACUUACAACCUCGGCUCGAAAUGUAGGAAUUCUCGUGAAGAAGCUGCAUGGAGAGACUGUGUUGAGCUGUAUGAUCUCGCAAUCCAAUAUAUGAACGAAACCAUCGAUCCUCAUACUAAAAUUAGCUCCGCCGAUGCACAAACGUAUCUUAGCACGUCUUUAACCUACAUUGAUACGUGCAAACAAGGGUUCAAGGAGCUCGAGGCCGCGGCCACCGAGAAUUACAUGAUUCCCUCGGUGUCGCACGAAGACGUUAGUAGUUUGAUAAGUAAUAGUUUGGCACUGAACAUGGUGCCCUUUAGCGAGCCGACUUAUAAAAGAGAUUUCCCGAGCUGGGUGUUUCCCCGUGACCGGAAACUCUUGCAGGCGGCCGCGUCUCCGGCGACUAUGAGGCCGAAUAUUGUCGUCGCGAAAGAUGGUAGCGGGAACUACGCGACAGUUGGCGCAGCUGUGGCGGCCGCCGUGAAGCUGGCGGUCAACGGGGCGAGGAUUGUUAUAUACAUCAAGAGUGGAACGUACGCGGAGACUGUGGUGAUGGGAAAGAAAAUGAAGAAUGUUAUGUUUCUCGGAGAUGGUAUUGGAAGGACCAUAAUUACCGGAAGUACUAGUGUCGCCGGCAGCGGGGCCACCACUUUCAGAUCAGCUACAGUUGGUAAGUCAAUCAAUGUGCGCUUAUUUCUUUUUUUCCUUCCUAGUUUAAAAUUAAUUGGUUAA